GCUGCGCGGAAGGUUCGGCUGAUACUCAGUAGCUUCGCUGCCUCGUAUAUCUUUCGUUCCACUCUGUAUUGUGCAAACGGAUUUGCUACGUAUACAGUCGUCCAUUCCAAAUGCGCUGGACAGUGGUUUUAUGGCCUUUGUGUUUGUGUUCUCCUGAUGCUACUCCAUCGUACGAAGACGAUGUGAAGGGUAUCGGGUCAUCAGUGGAUUACGAAGGAUACAACAUUGCAUCGGAAAUUCUUAGAAAAUCCAUAAAUUUUUCGGUCGAACCAUGCGAGGAUUUCUAUGAAUUUACCUGUGGUAACUGGAUAGCUAGCCAUCCGACUCCCAAAGACAAAGUUAGCUACAAUCAUGAUGAGAUCCUUCAGGACAGAGUGCAGGAGCAAUUAAGAGGUCUGUACGAAUCAAACGACACCUUUGAAUCAAAAGCUGUUAAUGCUUUAAAAACCUUCUACAAAAAAUGCAUGGAUGAGGAUGAAUUGAACCGUGUCGGUGCUAAGCGACUGAUAGAGGACGUCAAGAGUUUCGGUGUUUGGCCGGCUUUACAAGGAGACGAUAACUGGAAAGAGGAGAAUUACAACUUGACUUCGCUGCUAAUCCACGUAUAUCUUCGCCGUAAAACCUCUGUAUUCGUCAGUUUUGAUAAAAGUAGAGAUAACACGAAAAUUCGACAUCUUCUCCAGUUCGAUCGAGAUCCAGUUCUCUUGGGCGGAAUAUAUUACAAGUACCUGGAUGAAGAAAAGAAUGGAACUCGAAUUGGAGCGCUGAAACAGUUUCUUACUAGUCAGAUUGAGCAAAUUCAAAAGGAUGGUGGAAUGCCUAUUAAUGUAUCAAAAAUUGAAAAAGACGUAGAUGAAAUCAUUGAUCUGGAGAUGAGAAUGGCGGAGAUCAUGGACGCGGAUAUAAAUGACACAGAAACCUUGCGUGAUUUUCAUUUGAGCGAUAUGCAAAAAUUUAUGCCAUCCGUCAAUUGGCAGCAAUUCUUCCGUGCUGUAGCUCCUUCCGCUUCCCAUUAUUUUGCUUCAGAUCCAGAAAUUUUCAUAAACGAUGUCGAUUAUAUAAAAAGUGUAAACAAACUUCUGCAAUCAAUGGAUCCCCGUAUAAUCACUAACUAUAUUUUCAUGAGGUUUUCUCGAGACUGGUCAGGAGAAAUGGGAGAAAUAUAUGAAGACAUUGAACAGGAAUUCAAAAAAGUCAUAUAUGGGCAGCAGCGAAAAACACAACGAUGGGAGUUUUGCACUCAGACCGCUAUGGAUCAUAUGGAUUAUGCAACAACAGCGUUAUACGUAAAGAAAAAACUGCAUGAGACUACGAAGGAGGAGGUACUGGAAAUUUUCGAGAACCUUAAGAAAGAGUUUGGCAAGAACCUCAACACCAGCUACUGGAUUGAUGAUGAAACUAAAGAUGAAGCUUUGAAUAAGUUGGAUAAAAUGCUUGCUGAGAUAGCUUACCCGAAAUUGGUUCUAGAUACAGAAAUGCUCGACAAGCAUUACCGCGAUUUGGAUGUGCACGACACGGAUUCGUUUAGUAAAAUAUGGGAAAAAAUAGUUAGAUGGCAAAUCGACGACUUCUUCAAACAAUUAAGGAUGGUUUCAGACCGUUUCGUAUCCUUCAACCCAGCCGAUGUUUAUGCAGUACAAUACGCUCCAGAAAGCAACUCUUUGCAAGUUGCGGUCGCUCAACUCCAAACUCCUUAUUUCCAUCACACUUUCCCUAGAGCGUUGAAUUACGGGGGUAUUGGAGCAAUCGUCGGGCACGAAAUGACUCACGGCUUUGAUGAUACAGGAAGAAAAUAUGAUGCCUACGGCAAAUAUCGCAAUUGGUGGAGUGAAGACUCAAAGGAAAAAUAUGAGCAGCGAGCUCAAUGUUUCGUCGACCAGUACGGAAAGAUUGAGGUACCAAAAACUGGACGCAAAAUUGAUGGUGAGCGCACUCUGGGAGAAAAUAUUGCUGACAACGGGGGAGUGAAGCUAGCGUACGGGGCUUACAAAGCUUUUCUGCAAAAGCAUGGUGGUGAAGAAGACAGGAUCAAAGGUCUUGAACAAUUCGACAACGACCAGAUGUUUUUCUUGGGCUGGGCUACGGCCUGGUGCGAACAUAGAACAAAUAAAGAACUAACCAACCAAAUCCUCAGCGAUGAUCAUUCCCCGGCACGAUAUCGCGUCAACCAAGUGCUGGCUAAUCAGCGUGAAUUCGCUGCUGCCUUUAACUGUAAUGUUGGCAGUGCCAUGAACCCCACCAAGCGUUGCGAUCUCUGGUAGUCGUAGAACUACAUUUUGAGACACAAUGCUUGCAUGGAACUUCAUUAUCACGGUUGUCUUGGAUGUCUUUGCUGCCGCAACGACUGCAACCCCCUGUAUUACUAAAUAUCUUUAUAGCAAAUAAUCCCGUCAUCAAAUCAAGGCCUCAAUGAGCUCAAACAUUGAUAGUAAAUGUUUUUAUUCUCAGUG